AUGCCUUCCUUCAGCCUGGUAGCGGCCAUCGCCGGGAUCACCACCCUAGCAAAUGCGUCUUCACUGCUACUUCGCGGUGGUACAAUCGUUGGCUUUGACGAGUCCAGCAACUCGCUGAACGUCAUCCGUAACGGCUCCCUUCUCAUCACCAACGACCGCAUCACGUCCAUUUACACCGCAGAUCAGUCCCUGCCGCAGAUCUCCAACGCUACGGAAGUCGUAGACGUGACGAACAAGAUCAUCACCCCGGGCUUCAUCGACACCCACCGUCACGGCUGGCAGACUGCUUUCAGGACUAUUGGUUCAAACACCUCACUGGCAGAGUACUUUACGCGCUACGGCGAGUUUGCCGCCGCAGGUCUAUUCAGCGCCGAUGAUGUCUACAUUGGCCAGCUCGCAGGACUCUAUGAGGCCCUGAAUGCGGGUGUCACGACGAUGUUGGAUCAUGCCCACCAUACUUGGUCUGACGAGACUUCGGAAGCAGGUCUGAAAGCCAGCAUCGAUAGUGGCGCGAGAGUCUUCUGGUCGUACGCCUUUCACAACGUCACCAACUACACCGUCUCGGAGCAGCUUCAGAACUUUAGGGAUAUUGCGACCAAGGCUGAAUUCGACGGUACACCGACAACUCUGGGCGUUGCUUGCGACUUUUUCGGGACCGACGGUGUCAUCGCGGAUAUCAAUGCGGUGCUUGAUCUUGCCAAGGAGUUCAACGUUUCUGUGAUCACAACUCAUAGUCUACAGGGUCCAUGGGGUGACACCAACAGCCCCGAGGACCUUCACGCUCUCGGAGCACUGAAUACCAGCAUUCCAGUCGUCUUUUCACAUGCGUCAUUCCUGACCUACAAGGGCGCGUCGCUUCUUCGAUCCACCAAUCAGUACUUAUCCAUCACUCCAGAGUCGGAGAUGCACUAUGGACACGUGCAUCCCCACAGCCAUCUCAUCCAGGAUCAAGGUUCCCUAGGCGUCGACACUCACUUCACCUUCUCGACCGACAUCCUGACCCAAGCCCGCCUCUGGCUGCAGAGUACCCGCCGCCUGCUCUACCAACAGGUCCUCGCGCACUGGCGCGUGCCCACCAGCACGCCCAUGACCGUGAACCAAGCCUUCCUCCUCGCGACGCGGAACGGCGGACUCGCCCUUCGCCGCCCGGACCUGGGCGUCAUAACCGAGGGCGCCAAAGCCGAUGUCAUUGUCUGGGAUGGUGAGAGUCCUGCCCUUCUCGGCUGGGUUGAUCCCGUCGCUGCUGUGAUAUUGCAUGCUAGCGUUGGCGACGUCGAGCACGUCGUGGUGGACGGCAAGUUUGUCAAGAGAGAUCACAAGCUCGUGGUACCUGACUACGCGGACGUCAAGACGCGGUUCUUGGAGAGCGCGCGGAAGAUUCAGCAGACUUGGCGGGAUAUCCCUUUCUUGGCUCUUGAGGGGGAGUUCAGUAGUUCUGAGGCCCUCUAUGAAGCGCCCAUUUCCGUCGAUGUGCAGUCUGGAGGCGAGAGUGGAUACGGUACAACAACGGUCCCUAAUAUGGUCCAACGCCUUUCUCGAAACGCCGGGCUGCAGGCUUUUGUUGGCGCGAUCGAAGAGGAUGGAUGCGUUGUCAUCAAAGACUUCACCGAUCUCGCGUCUCUCGACGCCGCACAUGCAGAGGUCCAGCCAUUUCUGGAUGCGUCGCUUGCGCAGUCUGGAAGCACAGUCGGUGCCUUGAACGGCGGUACUGCAACAUGUACAAGGCUCGUCGGUCGAAGCAAAACGGUCCGGGAGAAGUUCUUCUCAGAUCCAUUAUACCAGGCUAUUGCCGACUACUUCAUCGGGCUUGAAACGAGGAUAUGGUAUGGAGAUGAACCCACCAUUCACAAGUCUGACCCCCUUCUCUCAAUUUCCAUCACAAUGUCCUCGCAGCCUGGUGCGAAAGCGCAGAAACUGCAUCGCGACGACAAAAAUCAUCACGCAAAGCACACCAGGGCCACUCAUUACACUAAGGGCCGUGACAUGCUGCUCGGUCUGUUCGUUCCAGAGUGCGAUACUUUCGAAGCCAACGGUGCCACCCGAAUCGUCCCCGGGUCUCAUCUCUGGGGCGACGAACAGCCCGAUUUCGGACUAGAUGGCCAAAAGGGUGUUGAAAAUGCGGAAUUAGAGAGAGGCGAGGCGUUCGUGAUGUUGGGUAGUUUGUAUCACGGCGCCGGGCAGUACUCGCUAGAGACGGGUUGUCGGACGGUGCACAUUAUGUUCAUGUGUAGCGGUGUUCACCGUCAGGAGGAAAUUCCAUAUCUCAGCUACUCGAUCGAGGAUGUCAAGACAUAUUCUCAGCUCGUGCGGGAUCGUCUUGGCUGGAAGCAAUCUGAGCCCAAUCUGGGAUGGGUGGAUCUAAAGUCUCCAGAAUACCUCCUGGAUUGA